GUAAUCCCCUCAGUGUUGACGUCAGCCACGCUGCCUCCUCUACGGGGACGCAGUUGGUGAGAGUGGGAGCGGAGCGAUCUGCGGUCAGUGUGCGCAUCCCAGGACUCGGCGUCACCAAAGUUGAAGCUCAACUUUUCGGCUCAUCGCUUUUCUCCUCGUGUCCACUCGGAAACUUUAACAAUGGGUUGCUUUGAAUGCUGCAUCAAAUGUUUAGGUGGAGUGCCGUAUGCAUCACUGGUUGCUACGAUCCUCUGCUUCUCCGGUGUGGCCCUGUUUUGUGGAUGCGGUCAUGUGGCUCUUACCAACACUGUUAACAUCCUGGAAACCUACUUCUCCAAGGUCACGACCGAUCACGCCAUGCUCACUGAUGUAAUACAGCUGAUGCAAUACGUCAUCUAUGGCAUUGCUUCAUUCUUCUUCUUGUACGGAAUCAUCCUUCUUGCUGAGGGAUUCUACACAACCAGCGCCGUCAAGGAACUGCACAGCGAGUUCAAGACCACCAUCUGUGGACGCUGCAUCAGUGGAAUGUUUGUUUUCCUCACAUACAUCCUGGGAAUAGCCUGGCUCGGGGUUUUUGGCUUCUCAGCUGUACCUGUCUUCCUCUUCUACAACAUGUGGUCCACCUGCAAUGCCAUGAAGUCUCCCAUGGCCAACAUGACAAACAUAGACUCUUUUUGUGUGGAUGUUCGUCAGUAUGGAAUCAUCCCAUGGAACGCCACACCAGGAAAAGCUUGCGGAUCUACUCUUGGUGUCCUCUGCACCAGCAACGAGUUUUACCUGUCUUACCAUCUGUACAUCGUGGCAUGUGCUGGUGCUGGAGCCACUGUGAUUGCUUUGAUCCACUACCUUAUGAUUCUCUCAGCAAACUGGGCCUACCUUAAGGAUGCCAGUCAAAUGCAUGCCUACCAAGACAUCAAAAUGAAGGAGGAGCGGGAGCUGCAGGACAUCACCUCACGCUCCAAGGAAUGCCUCAAUUCCUACACAUAAGGAUGUAAUCCCCUUACAGAAAAAAAUAAAAUAAAAUGAAAAUACUCAGAUAUGCUUAUGAACACAAUGGCCAGUCACUGCUGGCCUCCUUUUGGACCAACCCCAUCCUAGUAUAACCUGCCAACUCUGUGCAGUACUAACCCGGCUCCUAACAAACUAAUGCAUCAGCUGCUUUCUGCACUAACUCCCCGAGAGCUGUUUCAGGACUGCUACAUUAAAGUUUUUCAUUCUGUCUUGUAGGGAAAUCAAGUUUAGUUUAGAUAUUCACUCUGUCUUUUGGUUUUUUAGCCCUUUCUAUAGCCAGUUUCCGCUGGUGAAUGUUAAGAUGUUGCACUAUUCUCUCACAACAAAUAACAGUUUGUUUUACUGUCUGUUUUGCGCUCCAUUUUUUUUUCUUUUCACGAUUUUACCAAGAAAAAAGAAAAUGACGUAUAAGGAAGGCCUUAUGUCCGAGCUCCAUUAGUAUCUUCAAUUUCUACUUAAGCAGAAGUUGCAGAGGAUCUAUUAUACAUAGCAAGGUAGGUUACGUUGGUCCUCAAGUGCCACUGUCCUGCAACUUUUGCAUGAAUCCCUGCUCCAACACACCUGAAACAAAAGGCCAAAUUACCUCCUUGACAUGUUAAUUUUAGCAGAGGCCUGGCCAUUAACCGUUCAUUUGUAUCAGGUGUGUUGAAGAAGGGAUGCAUGCAAAAGCUGCAGGACAGUGGCACUCUAGGACUGAUGUUGCCUACCCCUGAGGUACAGCAUUAAACAGAGUUCAUGUGAAUACUACAUGCACGUUUUGAAGCGUCUCCACCUCAGUUGCCAAUAAUUUAAAUGUCUUGGAUUUCACUUCUAUUAGGUUUUUAAUACAGAGCAGCAGUUGCCUAAAUUAACACUACCUCAGGUGUGCACUAAAACUUAUGUAAUUUUGUUUAGAAAAGAUGCUUCUAGAAUGGGAUGCAUAAAGAGCAACAAACAAUUCAAUUACCGGGAUUACAUCCUUUGAGUCACAGUACUAAUAAACUAUUCAAAUGCGUGCAUAUACUUGAUCCAUUAAUGGUGUAAUGUGAAUACAUAUGUCACAUCUAGAUGUUGGUUCAUUGGCAUUCAGUCAAUCUAAAGAAAGAGUUGCGGAUGAAAUUAUUUUCUCAGUCAUUUGUUUGAGCUCCUAUAAGAUGAAUAAAACUGCCCCACUUGGAUGGCAUUUGAAAGCAGCCAGGGUGUCGGUUUUGUAAUGUAAUAAUAUGCUAUGAGUCACAUUUUUAAUUCUCCUCUUGAAAUUGAAACAGGUGUGGUCUUCCAAAAUUGCAUUUCUUUUAAAAUGUGCAAUUGUUAUACUGUUUAUAUAAUUACUCAUGUAAGCUUUUUCUUUUUUUUUGCCUUUAGUGAAGUUACAAGGAUUAACUUGUUUUGUUGCAUUGAAACUAUUGUUUCUGCAGAGACACGCGUUGCAGUUAGGUGUACUGACAUUGAUAGUAGGCAAUAUAUGCCUGUUUUUUUAACUAUAUUAAUGUUACUUCUUUUUAUAUAGCUAAUUAAUCAGUUUUUUUAGACAGUUGUCCUUUUAAAGUUUGUUUUGCAUGAUCGUACCUAAUUUUUCUACAAAUGUCAAGGGCUUCCUUAAUUUCUUAAAAUAAUCUGUUACAAAAAUUCAUAAAUAUAUCUAGCCAAAGCAUUAAAGCCAAUGCUGCCCAAUGUACAAAACAGAAUCCUGUGACAUUAAAGUAUAUCUUUGCUACAUAAUUAUUAGAUGUACAGUGGCAAAGCGGUGUGGGAUAAGUUUCUAAAUUUAAAUCACUUCAACUUUUCCUCAUUUUCUGACAUAAAAACAACAAACCUCAAUGUAUUUUACUUGCAUGGAAUGUGAUAGACCCCAAUUGUUGGGUGAAAGAAUUUAAGGUUGGACUUUAACCAAGCUAUUUGAACAUUCAGGGUCCAAUUUAUUUAUUAUUAUUUUUUUUUUUACAAGGAUAACCUAGAUUAAGAUUUUUGAAACCCAACUAGGGAAGCUGGUCACUGCCGAAGAAAUCCCCCAUCAUGAUGCUGCCACCACUGCAUUGUAUCAUUUGUGUUCAGAGUGAUGUGCAAUAGUUGUUUUCCACGACAUACAGCAAUUUUUAAAAAUAGACCAAAGUUCAGGUUUUUGAACUCAUUUGACCAGAAUUCCCUCUUCUACCAAUUCCCCUACCUGGCUUCCUUAAAAACGUUAUCCUGUAGCCACUAUUUUUACAUAAAGAGUUUCCUCAGCUGUGCAGCUCCUCCAGAGUUACUGUGGACUUUGUAUCUGCUUUUGUACAUAUUGUUCUCCUUGUCUAGUUUUUACUUUAGAUGUUUUGGUACAGUACAUAGAUUAAAGUUACACACAUACUGACUUUUUUCAAAACACUGAUUUCUAACAACAGUUGUUUAUGCUGAAUUUUAUCAGGGUUAUUUGAUAAAGCCGACUUAAUGCUAAUGCAUAGAUUUUUUUUUUUUGUAAAAUCUUUCACUACAUAGCAAAGCCUUAUCCUUCCUACAUCAAAUGACAGUAAAAUAAAUUUGGGUUUGUGGUUUUCAACAUGUGAAAAUGUUUAAAAGGUAAGGAUCUUUUUGCAUGGUACAGUAAAUAU